UAAUAGACAAGGAAGGUAACGAUACGAACUAAGAUGAGGAGCUUCAGAAAUAGCUUCUUAAACAUUCACUUCGAGUCGGACGGCCAUCCGGCCCAGGCAGAACGCGAUGCUUCUCAAUCGAUGAUAUCAGCGCCAAUAUAUCAAUAAGUGCAAAACAACAUUCAAAAACUCUAUAGAAGGGGUUCGGAUUAAAAAGGCCGCCCCUAGGCGGUCAUAAAAGGCAAAUGGAGCAAUUUGAACAGCUGCUGACCUGUGCGAUCUGUCUAGAUCGUUACAGGAAUCCCAAACUCUUACCAUGUCAGCACAGUUUCUGCAUGGAGCCAUGUAUGGAUGGUUUGGUUGACUACGUUCGUCGACAAGUUAAAUGUCCAGAAUGUAGAGCUGAACAUCGCAUACCCUAUCAGGGAGUUCAGGCAUUUCCAACAAACGUAACACUUCAACGUUUUUUAGAGCUACAUAUCGAAAUCACUGGAGAACUGCCGGAUCCAACAAGUGGGCAAAUUAUGGAACGUUGUGGAGUUUGUUCAGAAAAGAGUUACUGUUCUCUCUGUGUUCAUUGUGAUAAAAAAUGCUGUCCUGAAUGUAAAGAUGCACAUAUGGACAUUCUUAGGCGUGAGAUAGGACGUAUAAAUACAAAUAUUCGGAGAGGUUUACAUCGAUUACAGGAAGCUUUAGCUUCAGUGGAAAAAAAUACAGUAGGACUUCAAACAAAUUGUGCAUCUGUAACAGAAGAAAUUGAUGAAAUUUACAGACGUCUCAGUAAAGCUCUAAAGGAUCGUACAGAAUAUCUACGAAAUGAGAUUGAUCGUUACUCAGGAACUGAACUCCGGAGUUUAAUUCAAUUAAAAGAAAAUUUAGAAUUGGAAAUUGCAAACAUUCAAAGCAACUGUGAUCUAGCUGAAGCUCAUAUAAAUGAAAAUGUUCCAUGGAAUGAUGCUGAAUUGUGUGACACUAAAGAUUUAUUCCUUAAAACAAUGGAAUUUAUCAGGAAGUUUGAAUAUGAAGCUGGUGAUUAUGGACGUCGCGUCCGAUUUAUCAUGACUCACGAUCCAAAUCAAUUAGUUCUUCACAUGGCUGGUUAUGGAGAACUUAAUAUUAAACCAGAAACUGGAAGUAGCGGAUAUUUACACCUUUCAGGAAAUUUAGCUCCACCUGGAAAUUCACCAGGUUUAAUGAGGAGUAAAAGUGAUCAUCGUUUAGCAUCUCAAUACCGUCAACAAGAUGAAGAACGUUUAUCUAGAAAUCGUUACGCCCAAGAUUAUGAAUAUGACGCAGGAGAAUACGAGACACCAAAGAACAGAUCUCGUUAUAGAAGUCGGUUUAUGCGUCACCGUGAUGGGGAGGAAUCUGAUGGAGACACACGAUCAAUUGUCCGAUUCACACCAACAACUGAUCAGCCACCCCGAGAGCGCAUUCUAGACACCGAAGAUGCGGCAAGAGGACCCUUAUCGGGAAUAUUUCGACUCACAGAUUCACCUCGUGUAAUGAAGAUAUUGCAAGAAUAUGAGAGAGCCAGCAAACGGAAGAAGGAAGAACCUUCAUCACCUACGCAUUUUACACCAAAACCUCAGAUUCAAGCAAAGAAAACAACAUCAUUGCUAAAACAAACAAGCGAAGAUGAUGAAAUAAUGAAAAUUAAGAAACAAAACCGAAGUAUCCCAGCAACAACAGAAGCUGUUGAAGAAGAGCAACCAGUUACUUCAGUUUCAUCUGGACAUACUCCAGCAGCAGGUGAAACAGAAAGAGACUCUGAAGAUUCAUCUAAAAAAUCUGCAAUAGCAAGCAAAAAAUCUUCUCCUGGAACUCACUCAUCUGGAACAAGAAGCGCGUCAUCAGAUUCAAGCACUGGAUCAGAAAGCUCCACAACAACAAGCAAUCGGAAUACUGGAGCACCUUUCACUACUGAACAAAUAAAACAAAAAUAUCUCGCACGUACAUCGCAGCUUAACACUCCUUCCAACGUUUUAUCUACCAAUACUACAGCUUCAACAAAUGGCCAGGAAAAUUCUUUGACUAAUACUCCUCGGCCUUUUCAGAGUCGUUUUUUAGGAACAGGUAAUAGUACGUCUUCAUCCAUCACAAGUCCAGCUAAAGAAGAUGUAUCUACAAAAAAAGAAGCUACAGAGGAAGAUGAUGACGAUGAAGAAACUACUAGCUCUGAAGAAACGGAAACAGAAACUGAAGAUGACUCAGAAGCUGAUACUAACUCAACACCAACAACUAGUCUCCCAACUGCUCAUGAACGUGUUAGAAAUGAUACUACCAUGGCACGGACAGAUAUUGGUCCAUUGCUAGCACGAAGUGCUGAAGCAAGACGCGGAAGUAAAGAGGAUUCUCCUUCUACCAGAUACUCUUCACCAAGAGGAAGCCCUGCCCACACAUCGCCGUCGCUUUCAGGUACCUCCUCAUCAACAGCAUCUACCGGUUAUACCAGCAGAUUUUUGAACAAGAGUAAAAGUCAAGCAGCAGUAACAGCAGCACGAGAUAGAGAACGUGAGCGUGAACGAGAAGCAGAACCAGAUAAUGAAUCACUUUCUCCAAGAUCACGAUAUGCAGCAUUGAAAGAUCGACGCCAGCGGGUAGCACGUUCAAGAAGUUCUCAUAAUUUCAGUCAAGAUGAUCUUGAUAUGGACGACGACUCUCCAACACCUGUAACUCAUUCACCUAAUGCUUAUCUAGCUGCUAAGUAUGGUGUUGGCUCAGAAUUAGCACGAAGUCGUAGUACUCAUACCCUUAAAUCACGAGAACCAAGUCCAGACCGGGAUCGUGGUGGUGUUGAAAAGGAUGGAGCGGCAUUAAGUUCAUGGGCUCGUUAUCUUAAAAAUAAAUAUGGUAAUCGUAGUACUAAGGACAAGGAACCAACGUCAACCUCAUCAAUUCCCUCCUCCAGCGCAAGUACUGUGUCAAGAAGAUUAUCUUUAGGCUUACCACUACGACACACCGGUCAAACUUCAUUUGAAUCCUCUGACGACGACCAAAAAAACCCGGCAGGCUCCCCCACGUCUCCUACAGUAGCUCCAGGUAUCCCCGCAGUAACAGGUUCUUCCACUAGGAAUCAAUAUCUGCUAAAGCGGCGACAACUGUUGAAAUUUGGAACGCGGGGGAGCGGAGCCGGAUGCUUUACAUGGCCAAGAGGCCUGGCUGUUGGCCCGGAUAAUUCAAUUGUUGUGGCUGACAGCUCUAAUCAUCGUGUACAAGUUUUUGAUCAGAAUGGUAACUUCAUGAAGGAGUUUGGAACUUACGGAAGUGGUGAAGGUGAAUUUGACUGUCUUGCUGGAGUUGUAGUCAAUCGAAUUGGCCAAUAUAUCAUUGCGGAUCGAUACAACCAUCGUAUUCAAGUACUUGAUCCGUCAGGAAGAUUUUUAAGAGCAUUUGGAUCUCAAGGUACUGCUGAUGGUCGAUUUAAUUAUCCUUGGGGGAUUACCACUGAUGCUCUAGGCUUUAUUUAUGUAUGUGACAAAGAAAACCAUCGUGUGCAGGUCUUUCAAUCUGAUGGAACUUUUGUUGGUAAAUUUGGAUCAAGUGGUAGUGGCAGAGGACAAUUGGAACAUCCCCAUUACAUUGCUGCGGUCGUGUGCUUACUGCAUUUGGUUCUGAAGGAUCAGAUGAAGGACAGUUUAAAUUUCCGCGGGGUAUUGCUGUUGAUGAUCAAGGUUACAUUAUUGUCGCUGAUUCUGGAAAUAAUCGUAUCCAAAUAUUUACGCCUGAUGGAAUAUUCCUUCGAGCUUUUGGCACGUGGGGCAGUGGCGAUGGAGAAUUUAAGGGACUUGAAGGUGUAGCUGUAACGUCAACCGUGAUACUUUCAUCAGACUAUAAGUUAUUUUUAGAUUUCUACAUAUUGAUAUUCAAAAUGACGUUAUUUAUCUGUAAUUUAUGUAACAAAAUAAGUCAAUUAUAAAAAAUUGUUUAUGAAUCUUAAAUAAAUUGUUUGGGAAGACCAUAAAACAAACGGAAUAUUAAAAACUCUCUGAAAACUAUGAAAAAAACAUUAUAGGGUAAGCAAAGGUAAAGUCAAAAGUUAAGUGCAUCGAUAAAUAUAUUAUUUAUUACAUGCAAUAAUGAAAUGUCGUAACAAUAGGGAGUGAGUUUGAUAAAAAUUGUAAGAUUAUAAUAAUUUGGUAAGUUAUUAGAGCGAUUGAAUAUUUUUACUCAUCUCCCUCUAUCGAGAAAUAUAGAUAAAAUAUUUUCGUUAU